AUGGAUUCUUCUGUUUUCGAUUUUUUCGAAAACCGUCCUAAUCGUGAGAAUAGAGAUGAAAAGAAUAACAGACCAGCAUCACAUUCAGAAGGUUGUGAUUUUGGUUAUGAGUAUGACUUUGAAUAUGAAUCACCAGAAUCAGACAGCCCUAGAACCAUCAUGUCCUCAGAAUCGCCGGUGAAGUUUGAAGGUAUUGUUCAACAGUUGACACCAGAUUAUUCCUCUUCCAGUGAUUCUGAUAAUGACGAAUCUUUAUAUUCACCAUCACCCAGCGAAUCAUCGAGUAAAGCUGAUAGUUCGGAUUCGAUAAGAUCUGUAUUUGGAAGUGAUUCACCUGCAGACGACUCGCCUGAGAUAUUUUCUAGUGUCCAAAUGUCUCCAUUAGGAGUAGAACGGCAGCUAUUUGUAUUCCAGUCCCCCGUGGAAGGAAAAGGAUUAGAAAAUCGGUUUAAGAACGAUGAAACAACGAAACUGAAAAGCAACGUUUCAAUUUUGAGCUCGAAAUGUAGCAAUGUUUCCACAGAUACAACUGUUUAUACGGAUGAUAAAGAAACUAUACAACCUAGACCUUCCCCAUCCACCGAAUUAAUCACUUUUCAUCCAGUGAAUACGAGGAAAGUCACACCUAUUACACAUGGUCGCAGAGCAACACAUGAAAAAGGAAAUAAUAGCAAGAACCUUCCACCAAAUGGAAAAAUCCUCAGUGCACCACAACGUCCGAAGCCUGAAGCUGUGGACGGUCCAUUCGUAAAAGCAAUAACUCUAGCUGAAAACUCUGGCAUUCGACAUCUGAAAGCAAACCAACCUUUACCUGAAAGGGCUUUUCAUACUGACUCCAUCCAUUUGGCUCUCAAUGUAUAG